CCCCGCACUUCCGCCCGCGGCCGGCUGUUGGGCGGAGACGUGCAGGUGGGUUACAGGCCGAGGCUGGCUCUGGAAAUGUUCUUUCGGAUGCAAAAGGCUGAAUGGAUAUAAAUGGAUCCUUUCUCCCUCACAAGCCCAGUAGUAGGCGCUGAGAGGGUCACUUCUCUGUAGAACAUUUGCCAAGGUCCAGAAUGAGCACUUGUUGCUGGUGCACACCGGGUGGCAUUUCCACCCUUGACUUCCUAAAGAGCUAUGCCUCCAGGACCCUCUCUGGAGAAUUCCACACAGCUGACGAAGACCUCUGCUACUGCUUAGAAUGUGUGGCUGAAUACCACAAAGCAAGAGAAGAAUUGCCUUUCUUGCAUGAGGUUUUAUGGGAAUUAGAAACCCUACGUCUCAUAACUCACUUUGAAAAAUCUAUGAAAGCAGAACUUGCAGAUGAUGAUGAUGACGAGUUAUAUAUAGUAGACAGCAAUGGAGAGGCACAGCUGUUUGACUUUACUGGCCAAGACUUUGAGAAUAAGCUUCGCGUUCCUCUGCUUGAGAUACUGAAAUACCCUUACCUGCUUCUACACGAGCGUGUCAAUGAAUUAUGUGUGGAAGCACUUUGUCGGAUGGAGCAAGCCAACUGUUCUUUUCAGGUUUUCGACAAACAUCCAGGGAUCUAUCUGUUUUUGGUUCAUCCCAAUGAAAUGGUUCGGCGUUGGGCUAUCCUGACUGCAAGAAACUUGGGGAAGGUAGACAGAGAUGAUUACUACGACUUACAGGAAGUUUUAACUUGUCUUUUUAAAGUCAUUGAGUUGGGGCUUCUAGAAAGUCCAGACAUUUAUACCUCUUCUGUCCUGGAAAAGGGUAAACUGAUUCUUCUGCCCUCACACAUGUACGAUACUACCAACUACAAAAACUACUGGCUAGGUAUUUGCAUGUUGCUGACCAUUCUCGAGGAGCAGGCCAUGGACUCACUGUUGCUGGGCUCAGACAAACAAAAUGACUUUAUGAGGUCGAUCCUUCACACCAUGCAGAAACAAUCAAAUGAUGAUAGCAUGGAUCCUUUCUGGCCAGCCUUACACUGUUUCAUGGUGAUUCUGGAUCGGCUUGGAUCUAAGGUCUGGGGUCAACUUAUCGAUCCUAUUGAAGCAUUUCAAACCAUCAUCAACAAUGUGAGCUAUAACAGAGAGAUCCAAAAUAUACGGAACAGCUCUGUGAGGACAAAGGUAGAGCCGGAACCGUACUCGGAUGAUAUGGUUACUUGCAGCCAGAUUGUGUACAAUUACAAUCCUGAAAAGACCAAGAAGGAUUCAGGAUGGAGAUCAGCCAUUUGCCCAGAUUAUUGUCCUAAUAUGUAUGAAGAAAUGGAAACAUUAGCCAACGUGCUCCAGUCAGAUAUCGGUCAAGACAUGCGUGUCCAUAACAGCACGUUUCUGUGGUUCAUACCUUUUGUCCAGUCUCUCAUGGACCUGAAGGACCUGGGUGUGGCCUACAUAGUAGAAGUUAUUCACCACCUGUACUCUGAAGUCAAGAAUGUCCUCAACCACGCAGAUGCAGGAUGUGACAAAGUCACAGAGUUCUUUCUCCUGAUUUUGGUGUCUGUGAUUGAACUGCACAGAAAUAAGAAAUGUUUGCAUUUGCUGUGGGUUAGUUCCCAGAAAUGGGUGGAAGCUGUUGUGAAAUGUGCCAAGCUUCCCACUACAGCCUUCGCACGGAUUUCUGAGAAAUCACCUGGAAGUUUCUCCAAAGGAACAACGAUGAUGUCCUCCCUGUCGUUGCAUUCGGUGCCAUCUAACUCUGUGCAGCUUGCUUGUGUGCAGCUCAUUAGGAGUCUUCUCAAAGAAGGCUACCAGCUUGGCCAUCACGCUCUUUGCAAGCGAUUCUGGAAUAAGCUUAACUUAUUCCUUCGAGGAAAUUUGUCUCUAGGUUGGCAGUUGACGGAUCAGGAAACCCGUGAGUUACAGACUUGCUUAAAACAAAUUAUUAAGAACAUAAAAGGCAAAGCCUCUCCAUGUAGCACUCCAGUGGACCUGACUUCUGCUUCUAAAAGCCCGCUUGUGUCUUUUAAAGAAGAAAAUGAAGAAAUAGAGAAACCCAAAAAAGACACGAAUGGUAUGGAAAAUUGUAGUCCAACAUUUACUAAAGAACCGAUCAAAAUGGAGACCUAUCAAGUGCAAGAGAGUCCAUUGAGCAGAGCGGGUAACAUAGAAUGGGAGGAUGUGAAGCACACUUACCCCAAGGAUCUGAAUGAGGAAGAUCAACUCCCAUCCGAGUCACACUUAGUGCAGAAUAGUAAAGGCCUUUUUACCAAAGGAGCUCGAGAGCAAGUGAAACCCAGUAGAGGGAAACAGAAGUCUGCCAGGGAGAAAGUUGUAUGCACCUCAACAAGUGGCCCAGAAAGGGAUUCUGACAGAGGAGUAAUUGUUUCAACAUACUUGUUGACUGAUUCUAGCACUGAUUCUCUAGAAAAAGUGUCCACAUCAAAUGAGGAUUCUGCUUUAACGGAUGAUCAUGGUAAAACCUCGAGACCAAAGAAUAAGGUGCAUAAAGAUGAAAUAUGUGCAAAGCUGUUCCGUGUCAUAAAGCAGCAGCCUAGAAGGAGUACUUCACUCAGUCAUGCUGCUGGGGCAGAAGGAAGCAAGAGUGACCGUGAUGCCGAGGUAGAGAGCUCUGCGAUAGGAGACAGCGUCACGUGUGAUCCAUCUGCAGACCCUGAAGCCAUGCUGGAUGUUGAGCAAGGAGAACAAAAGCCUGAAGACAAUUUAUUGCUGACAAAGAAACAAUGGAAGAGUGAAGAGUUAGAUUUGUACUCGCCUCAUGAAAAGAGUUUUCAGAUACAGGAAAGACGUGGAAAAGGGGUGGUAUCGAGUACAGACAUGACCAACAUGACAAAGACUCUGUCUCCCUUUCAACAUCCUUCAGCUGUACUUGAGUCAAGAGAUACGGAAGCAAGUAAGAGUGCAGAUUGGGUCUCCUCUACUAGGGACGAGCCCUCUGACACUACUCACAAGCCCACUGUUGGAACAGAUUGCCUGGUGGACCGAGACCUCCACAAAGUAGUGGCCCAAGCCAGUGUUAUUAAAUUUCCAUCAAAUUCAACCAGAAAUAGUUCACCCCAACUAGAAAGAAAAGUAAAAAAUGACAAAAGAUGUUCCACAACUAACCAGAACAGAGUUGCAGAUACCAGCUAUGGGCAAGUGAUCGUCAUUUCAGAUUCUGAUGACGACGAGGAACUUCUGGAACUUGAGAAACACACCAACCAGGACACAGUAAGCAGCACUAAGGAAGUGCCAGGCCAGUGUGACUCGGAUGCAAAUGCUAGUGGUGACAAGAAGUUUAUAAAGGAGGAAGAUGCAAAGUCCAUUCUACUUGAGUCCGAUUCACAGUUUUUUGAGUUUGAAAGUGCCUCUGAGGUGUUUUCGGUGUGGCAGGAUCAUAAAGAAGAAGGCAGCAAGGAUUCAGUUGAGGAGGUGGGAGGAAGCUCAGGUGGGGCACAUGUGUCUGCUGAGGCUGAGAAGGACAGCACAAAACGGGCAGAGCCACAUAGUAGAGAUGAGGAACUGUGUGAAAUGGAAGUCAAAAAACCUAGGAGAAAACAGUAUGAAAAACCUGUGGCCAAAGACCCUCUAAGGCCUUCAUCUUCUAGAAAGAAGGAGCAGUCUCAUGAUGACAGUGACUUGCACGCUGUGGCCUCAGAGACCGCCACGCCCAGUCUGGCUGCACUGAAGAGGUCCUCGCCGAAGCUCCGGACUUACUCCAAGCCUAUCAGGAAGGUCCCAGCCUCCAAAACGCCUAAGAAGACACAUUCUGAAUCUAAAAGAGGGCAGAACAAGAGUUCCCAUUACCUGAGUUGCAGAACAACUCCUGCCGUUGUGCCACCCAAGAAGUUCCGCCAGUGUCCCGAGCCAGCUUCAACCGUUGAGAAACUGGGUCUGAAGAAAGCCCCUCGGAAGGCGUUCGAGCUGUCCCAGCGCUCCUUAGACUACUUGGUGCAGUUACGGGAUCAUGGCAAAAGUGUUGGGGUUGUGGAGACCCGAAAAAAGGCCAAGUUAGUUUCUCCGCAGACUCUUCCUGUCAAAAACAACAAGAAACUGCUGCCCGACCAGGAUGAUGUUCAGCUACAAAGGCAGGCAAAGCCUAAGAAUAGAAAAGACGUUUUGGUGAGUGAAAGUACCCGGGCUAAGAGAACAAGGUCCCCCGUGGCUGCGAGUGUAGAUGUUGUGAGGCCGGAGUCUGGCAGACCAGAUGAGUCCGGGAAAGGCACAGAGGUGCUUGCCAACAGCGGUGAAAAACAGCUCCUCCACCUCUCAUCCUCCAAAGCAGAAACACCGCCAGCAAAGCGCGCUUCAAAGGAGCCCAGUGAUGAUUGUCUUCUGAACUACUGUGAUUCUAGAGCACAGAAUGGAAGGAUGCCAGACAGUGACAUGCCUGCCUCGACUGCAGAGAGCCCUGGAGGCGGUGAUUUGACCGGACGGAGCGGGCAGGUGGCAGUUGUGAACCAGUCUGAGCUGGAUUCCGGCAGCGACAUGGAUGACGACAAUUUAUAUUUGACACAAAAUGACCCUGAAGACAUGGACUUAUGUUCACAGAUGGACACUGACUACGCUCACCUGAUUGAAGUGAUUCCCGGAGAAGAUGCGCUUCCGACAGAAGAUGCUGUGCAUCCACCUCACGUGGAGUCUUCGAGUGACACUAAGUGCAAGUACAAAGACUGUGUUGAAACCAUAAAAGCCCAGAGUGAGUACUGCGCACAGCACUCAGAAGCUAAAACAGCAGACGACAAUGUCUUCCGCAAACCUGGCCUGCCUCUUUCUGCAGUCAGGCCUUUGAGACCUACCACCACUAAGGUUUUCAGCUCAAGUGGUAGCUCACGGAUUGCCAACCUCUCCAGGUCUCUGGACAACACUACAAUCCCAUCAACUCUAAGAAAUAAGCCAACACAGUCAAUUCUGAAAAUGCCCCAGUCCUCCGCAGUAUUGCAGAAGCCGGUGGCUGAAGUGAAGAGCUUGCGCAGUGCUCUCAACCCACAGAGCCCCAGCAGCGCCCUCAGGUCAGCCUACAGACCUCCGCCAGCAGCCUCCUCGCCUGCAAACGCGCUCUCUUCGUCACAGUCUAUCUCUGACACCUUCAUUAAAGAGGUCUUAAAGUGGAAAUACGAGAUGUUUUUGAACUUUGGUCAGUGCGGGGCACCGUCGAGUCUUUGUCAAUGCAUCUCAAGAUCUGUGCCUGUCAGAUUUCAAGAUUGUACAGAGUAUUUUGAUGUUUUUCUCCCCUUGAUGAUAUUGAAUACUUUUGAAACAAUGGCACAGGAAUGGAUCAACUCUCCCAAUAAAGAUAAUUGCUAUCAGGUACAGCUAAAAAAGCUUGCAGCUGAUUAUAAAAAAAGCUGGGAGUUUGUGGUUUAUCUGGAUGAAAGUGAAUUGGCUAAACAGCUUCAUCCCAAGGAAAAUGAUUUGGUGUUUUUGCGUUGUGGGAGACUAAGUGGAGAGAAGAAAGACACGGAGAGAGGCAGCGUGGCAGACCACCAUAUGUAUUACUGUGGCUAUGUCCAUAAGUUCCGUCGCACUGCGCUCAUGCGCAGUAGGAAAUCGGAGUGUUCCCUUUCCAUCCAGAUUCAAGAUCACUUGCCAGCCAGUUUAAACGAACUUAUGAAAUGUGUUGUAAUCAGUUCCCUGGUAACAACACAGAGGAAAUUGAAAGCCAUGUCUCUGUUGAGUGGUCGGAACCAACUGGCCAGAGCCAUUCUGAAUCCAAAUCCCAUGGACUUCUGUACCAAAGAUCUACCAGCUAUGUCCUCUGAGAGAAUUGUGAGUGCUGAUUGGAUGGUGCCAGGGAGAGUCAGAACAUGUGUUGUCAGGAGGGGAGUGUCCCAUUUGAAGCUGCUCCAUGCUCCUCUAUGUGUACGAGAAGACACGUCCAUGUGCAGUGAUGUUUGGUGUCAGCCCUCCUCCUUCGGGGAGGGGAAGAUUAACUACCUAAAAGAUUUCAAUGAAGAUCAAAAGAAAGCAAUAGAAACUGCAUAUGCCAUGGUGAAACACUCACCAUCAGUUGCCAAAAUCUGUCUGAUUCAUGGGCCACCUGGAACAGGAAAAUCAAAAACUAUUGUUGGUCUGCUGUACCGCUUACUCACAGAGAACCCGAGGAAGGGGCAUUCUGAUGAAAACUCCAAUGCGAAAAACAAACAAAACCGUGUCCUUGUGUGUGCACCUUCGAAUGCAGCCGUUGAUGAACUUAUGAAAAAAAUCAUCCUCGAAUUCAAAGAAAAAUGCAAAGAUAAGAAAAAUCCUUUGGGAAACUGUGGAGAUAUAAAUUUAGUACGACUGGGUCCAGAAAAGUCCAUUAAUAAUGAGGUCCUAAGGUUCAGCUUGGACAGCCAAGUUAACCACAGAAUGAAGAAAGACUUACCUUCUCAUGUUCAAGAGAUGCAUAGAAAGAAGGAGUUUCUCGAUCAUCAGCUGGAUGAGCUUUCCCGCCAGCGGGCGUUAUGCCGAGGUGGACGGGAGAUGCAGAGGAAAGAGUUAGAUGAAAAAAUUACUAGAGUUUCAAAAGAAAGGCAAGAACUUGCUUCAAAAAUUAAAGAGGUUCAGGGACGCCCCCAGAAAACACAGAACAACAUCAUCUUGGAGUCGCAUGUCAUCUGCUGCACGCUGAGCACCAGCGGGGGUUUGCUGCUUGAGUCAGCUUUCCGCGGGCAAGGGGGGCAAGCCUUCAGCUGUGUCAUUGUAGACGAGGCUGGGCAGUCCUGUGAGGUCGAGACUCUUACUCCCCUCAUCCACCGCUGCAACAAGCUCAUCCUAGUGGGAGACCCCAAGCAGCUCCCACCCACUGUCAUUUCCAUGAAGGCACAGGAGUGUGGCUAUGACCAGUCGAUGAUGGCUCGCUUCUACAAGCUGCUGGAGGAGAGUGUGGAGCAGAACCAGAUCGGCAGACUGCCAGUUGUACAGCUCACUGUUCAGUACCGGAUGCACCCAGACAUAUGUCUCUUCCCUUCCAAUUACAUUUAUAACAAAAGCUUGAAAACAAAUAGGCUCACUGAAGCCAAUCGAUGCUCCUCAGACUGGCCAUUUCAGCCCUACCUCGUGUUUGAUGUCGCAGAUGGUUCGGAAAGACGGGACAAUGACUCCUACGUAAAUAUUCAAGAAAUAAAAUUGGUGAUGGAAAUAAUGAAGUUGAUUAAAGACAAAAGAAGAGACACUACCUUUCGGAACAUUGGCAUAAUAACCCAUUACAAGGCUCAGAAGACGAUGAUUCAGAAGGACUUAGACAAAGAAUUUGAUAGGAAAGGCUCGGCGGAAGUGGACACUGUGGACGCUUUCCAGGGCCGUCAGAAGGACUGCAUCAUCGUCACCUGUGUCCGGGCCAGUGCCACACAAGGCUCCAUUGGAUUCCUGGCAAGUUUGCAGAGAUUGAAUGUCACCAUCACCCGAGCCAAGUAUAGUCUUUUCAUCCUGGGGCACCUGAGGACCCUGAUGGAAAAUGAGCACUGGAAUCAACUGAUUCAGGAUGCCCAGAAGCGAGGGGCCAUAGUCAAGACCUACGACAAGAACUACAAGCACGAUGCAGCGAAGAUUAUGAAGCUCAAGCCUGUGCUGCAGAGGGGCCUGAGCCACCCCCCCACCACGGCCCCAGAGGUGGCCAGGCCCCAGGGCGGCCUGCCCAGCAGCAAGCUGGACGGCGCACUCGCCACCACCUCUUUUGCUGCUUCUCUCUAUCACACGCCCUCCAACUCCAAGGAAGCACCUGUCACCAUCACCUCAAAUGGCCCCGAAAGGUCUUGUCUUCAGGAGCGCCUGAGGGACCCACGACUCUUUAGAAGGUUGGAGCUUGAUGCCAAGGGGGUGUUCCCCAGGGAUCCACAGCCGUCUAGCCCCCAGCAUUCUGGGGCAACCCCUCCCUUGGGAGAGCCAGGCUUUCCCAUGAGUCACCAGGACCAGGGUGGCAGGGGGUCCACUACCAAAGCGGCUCCUGUGAGCAGUGCCAGGUCUCUCCCGCAGGCCAGGCCUCCGGCUCCCAGCCAUGCCGGGCCUACCAGCGGAAGGAGGUGCAGGAACCCGGAGCCGGGGCUGAGCUACAGGCGGGAGACCAGGGCUUUUAGCAGGGGCGAGCAGGAGAGGUACAGCUCGGUGUCCUACUAUCCAAAGAGGAACUCUUACUGGCCCAGAAGGGGGCCCGAGGAGGACAGUGGUGCCAAGAAGAGACGGCUUUUAUAGUGAAGCCGAGCACUGGGCCGGCAGCCACAGCACAGCUGUAAGCAUGCCAAGACCAGCUAGCAGAAACAUCAGACGGUUUUCGGUUUUUGUGUUCUGUUUUAUUUUGCUUUUUCCUUAAAGAGUUUGUGUGCUGCCGGAAAACAAGCGCGUCUCAACACCUGAGCCUUCAAUCAUCUUCACUACUUUUUCUCCAUUUGGAAAGCCUUCAGAGGGCGUCUGUGUACACACGCCUUGGCGGUGAGACUCCAUGUGGAACUCGGCUCUGGCGUGGGAAGAGAGGUCAGAUGGAGCAAAUGUUGUAAAGGUUGAGAUGUAUAUUUGUAUAGCAAAUUAACAAAUUGUUUUGAGAAUGUAAUCUGGUAGACCACUUUUCUUUUCCCCUGCUUAAAAUGUUGUAUAGCACAUUAACAAAACCUUUGGAGAAUUUGAUCUGGUAGACCGCUUUUCUUUCCCCUUGCUUAAAUCAUUUUUCAACAGAAUGAACUAAGAGAAGAAGAAAAAAUGAGCAGAGGGCAGGCCGCAGGCCCUUUGAGCCGCGGUUCUGUGCUUUGGGAGUGAGCUGGCAUUGGUGGGUGCUGGGACUGGAGGCGUAGUCACGUUAGGGUCAUUCCGCUAACCGUGACGAGUUCACUUACCCUUUUAGUAUGCUCUUCUUACAAUAAUAGAUUCUAGAUGGAAGCAUCAUUUCUGAAUUGUUACUCAGAUUGGGAGCUCUGUGUUGCCGAAUGUGAGCUGGCCAGCCGACCAGGCUGCAGCUUUCCACGGUCCCCCUGCCCAGACAGUCUGGAACUAUCCGUGCAAAAUGAAAUGCUCUUUGAAGUAAAGGAAGCAGUGGGGCUGGGGAAGAGCCGCCAGCUGUGCUGUGCCCUUCCGGAGCCAUCUGGUUGAUGGCGGGUUAUGCUCAGGUCAGGGAGGGGCUGCCUGAUCUGUCCAUACCCCCAGUGUCCCAACAUGUGACAGGGGUUUGCAGUGCGUGCUCUGCCCGCCCCGCAGGGCGCUGGGGGCAGGGACACAUCUCCUGAAGAAGUUUCUGUGGCCUUUGCUUUUAAGCAAAUACAGUUUUGACUUAGAAAUUCUAUUGAGGCAGAGUUGAGAAAACAAUGACGGCCCAAGUGCCGGCGUUGCAUUUCCUCCUGUGGGACAGCAGGGGGCGCACCUCUCCAGUGCUGCGCCCCUGGGCCUCAGUGCUGUCCGGUGUUUGGCCAGGCCGGGCAGGGGUCCCUGACGGGGGGCAAGAAUCUCCCUGUUCCUCUGCAGUUUCCUCUUCUGGGAUCUUAGGAGAAGAGUGUGGUUUAACAAAGACAUGGGUUUUCAAAGGAGGCGUGACAAAAACAGGUGUGGACUCGGCCUCCUGCUCUGCUCUUAAUGACACAGCCCUUAAGAAGUUGGGUUUUCCGAAUGUGGGCUUCCGGCCCCACGCUGGAGGCCUGGGAGCCUCCGUGCCCAGUGGCACACCACGUACGCACCGCACCGCACCACACCACACCGCACACGCAGAGGUGAGCAGAGUUGCAUCCUCCUCGUGGUUUUUUUUUUCUUUUCUGUUUCUUUUUUCCCCCAGUGAGCUCAGGGCCUUGGGCCUGCGAGGCAAGCACUGGGCCUGAGCCACACGCAGCCAGGCGCCACCGUCCUGAGAACAAGCCUGGGUCCCAGUCCAGCCUCAGCAGAACGUACUGGUGUUUCACAUCAUAUUUAAAACUCCGUUCCAAUGGGUAAAAAGCAUUGCCAAAAGGUCGUGUCCCGAGGCUGUGGUGCGGGGAGGUUGCGGGGAGGUGGGUAGGAGGCCUUGCCAUGGCUCUCGAAGGAGGCGCCCUGCUUCCGCCGACCCUGCCCGUUUGGAAGGAACGUGUUCGACUUGAAAAGCCCCUUCUGCUUCUUGGCGUAUCAUUUUCUCGGGAUUUACUCUGCAGUUCAUUUUGGUGUAUGUUUUUGAGAAUUAUUUGGAGCAAAUAUGAUAAGUAUGUUAAUAACAUCCUGUAAAUGAAUUUUGUAACAAAGUUGUACUAAACUAUUUUCCAAAACUA